AAGUAAAAUGCCCCAAAAAUCUCUCUGUCGCCGCUGCUGAUUCUGAUUCUUAUUAUGCCGCUUCUUGUGAGGCGAGCCUCCUGGCUCUCUCUGGGUAGGUGAAGGAAGGAGCCAGAGGGAGGGAGGUUCCUGAAGUCGUUGAAUACAGAGUCGAUGAACCCCUGGAUCCUUGAGGUGUUUGGAGAGGGGCACCCUAGGUGACCGUAUUCAGCUGGCGGCGGCCUGGCUCAGCUCAGAUCAGCUGAAAACAAGUGAAGAUCAAGAGAGGUUUAUGGCCGCUGUCAUGAAAAGGCUGUGAAAAAACAACCUUGUUGCAUUCAAAACUUCAAAGUCAUAUCAAAAUGGCAACAGGAUCUCCUGGACACAGUGCGGAUGGAAUAGGCGGUGUAGCCAUCGACGUCGAAGGUGACCGGAAAAGAGAAGUCAAGCGCUCGUGGGUUCGCGUGACUGCGACUACUGACGCACCUGCGAUGUUGGAGCGCACCAAGCUGGAAUUAAUUGAUCUACUGGACCUGUCGGUACGUGACCUCAGACUUGCUGACCCGAGUUUCUUCCACUCAGGCAUCAUCACCUGCGGGCACGCCAUUGUCUGCGGCCUCGAACCCUUGCGGUGCAUCAUCACAGCUGACGAGGCGCUCUUCCUUCAAGAGAUUUCCGAUGAAUUUAUGGGCUGUGCCGCCGAGUUGCACCGCCGCUUUGUCGACCGUGAUGACGACCUACCGUUUGAGUUCAUCGCUCUUGAGGUUGUGCUGGAAGCCAGCUUCACUUAUUUUGACAUGCAGAUUGCCAGUCAAGAGAUGGAAGCUUAUCCAAUGCUAGGUAUUUUAAGAACAAAAACCAGCACCCUUGCGCUGGAACGUGUUCGGCGGCUAAAGAAAAUGCUGCUGAACUUAAUUGAGAGGGUUCAGAAGGUCAGAGACAACAUAGAGCACCUGAUGAACGACAAUGAUAAGUUGGCCAAAUGUUACCUCACAGAGAAGAAGAGGAUGGAAGCACAGUCUUUAAUCAAGGUGGAAGAACAGUUGCUAGAUGAAGAGGGCCUUCAGGUUCCAAUUUCCACGGUUUCGUUACCCUAUGCAUCUCGGAGCCACGGCAACUCCAAUAGCCCAGAGAGCAAUCACUACAACACAGCACGACUGGAACUGUUGUUGGAGGAUUACUUUUUGAAAAUUGAUGGGACUGUCAGCAAAUUAAAUUUGGACUAUAUUGAUGACACGGAGUAUUACGUCAACUUCCAGCUGGACGUCCUCAGAAAUAAAUUGCUGAAAUUCGAACUGGUGUUGGGCAGUGCUGCAUUUGUGGUGGCCCUCUUUGCAGUUGUCCCAGCAGUCUUCGGCAUGAACUUCGAAGGAGUCACCAUUUAUAAGGUGCCGCAUGCAUUCGAAGAAACGCUUGGCAUAACAGGUAUUUGCAGCCUAGUUAUGUUCGUUGUUUUCCUGUGGUACUUAAAGAGGACAAUAUCAAUCUAGAUGCUCCAUGGAGAACAUUAUUUCCCUUGUAGAAUGGAUCUCCCGACCUUACUGCGCUACUAAAAGUGAUUUCCAUAGCAUUUUAGAAUAAUUGUAUUAAAAGAUUCUACUGGGUUGUUUGAUUUGUAAAAAUUCUCAUUAGUAUUCUCAUGUAUUAUUUUUUCUGGCAGCUGACUAUAGUGACACCAGACCGUUCCACUAGUAGAUUACUAUUUUUGGCUUUACAUUGAGAUUGUACCAAUUUGUAAGACAGUACUACAGUUUUUACAACGUAUACCUCGGGUCUGUUUUAAUCGACACGCAUAUGAACUAGCUGCAUGCACAUAAUGAACUAAGGCCGGCGUCGAUUAAAAGCCUCCGGAGGGA